AUGGAGAUGGCAGAGAGCAGCACCCCCCAAAAGGGGAAGAGAGAAGACCUGGGGGUGACGCAAAGGGAGAGCCAGCCGGACGAGGCAAAGGAGUCGGGGAGUGCCGGGCAGAUCAAGGGGCAGCAGCACUGGCUCCAGCUUCAGAAAGGCUUCCGGCGUGCUGUGGAAAAGAUCAAGAACGAGGAGAUGAAGGUGACCUACCUGAGCCACGGCCUGCAGCACCUGCGCCACAUCAGCCUGCUCAACCCCGUGCUCCACAUCGCCCACGACUGCCUCAAGAAGGUCUUUGUGGUGCUCGACACAGAGAACGGCCUGCACUGGUACAAAGAGGAAGGCUUGUACGUGAGCAGCAGGAGAGCCCCGGUGCCCAUGGAGGGCCUGCUGUAUGCCUCUCAGGCCGACCGUUUUGUGGCAUGGGACAAGGGGGGCCUCCGAGUCCUCAACUCUGGCUUCGAGGUGCUGUCUGAGGUGCAGUCGGCUCUGCCCAUCCGCUGUGGCCUUUACAGCGCGCUGCUCAACCGGGUCGUGACCGCUGGGGAGGGCAACUUGGCCGUCUGGGGCUUCCGCUACGGAUACAGAAGCUUGCAGUGCCGCACCAUCAUCAGCGAGGGCCUGGGGCCCAGUGCUGUCUUUUGCCGCCUGGCCUUGGACACCAGUGGGACGGAGCCCCAGCGGUGCUUUGCCUCGUGUGACACUGGCGCAGCGGCCUUUGAUGUCUCCGGGGGAACCCUGAUCUCCUUCAAGACAAAGCUUCACAGCCGGGUUAUCACAGACAUUGCCUACUGCGAAGCGGUGGGGAGUCCAGUGACAGCCUCCCGGGACACGACCAUCAAGGUCUGGGAUGAGACCUGGCACAUCCGAACCGUCUUUGUGGGUCACACAGGCCCAGUCGUCGCCCUGGCCGUCGACCCCCAGAGACCCCUCAUCUUCUCUGCCUCCCAUGAUGGCACCAUUCGCACCUGGAACCUGGAAACCAUCGACCAGGUGGAUCAGGUCCACAUCUCCGAGCCAGUGGAGUCUCUAGAGACGCAGACUGCCUCCUGCGUCAUCUCUGUCUCCGGCCUGUCCCUCGACCUGUGGAAGAUCAACAAGCUGUACUCGCUCUACGUGCCUCUCGGGUCUCCUGCCAGGCGCCUCAGCUGCAUCGACCUGAAGGCCGUCGCCAGCUUCCCCGUCCGCAUUGUCUGUGUGUGCCAGGAUGCCACUGUGAGGGUGCUGGAUGCGCCCACGGGGGCCGUCCUGGCCAUGCUCUCCUUGCCCCCGCCGCACCGUGUCACUGAGGUGGCCUACAGCCUGCCCCGGGAGACCCUCUUUGUGCUGACGGAGAGCGGCUCCUUGCUGCGGGUCAACGCCGCCACUGACCCCAUGGUUGUGAAGAAGAGCGUGGCUCCGGCCAGCCACAAGCCCCGGCCCUCCUGCCUCCUCCUCUACAGCCACAUCAUGGACCCUGAGAAGGCUUACAAAACCUGGCUGGAGGUGGUGGCCAACAAAAGUGACCGGAAGGCCUGGCAGAAGCCCCCCCUCAGAAUGCAGGACAAAAACAGGUACGUCCUAAUCUUGGGGCAGGAAGACGGGCUCCUCAACGUGGUGGACUGGUUUUCCGGGCGGAUCCAGUGUCAGGUGGAGGCUCACCACUCCCAGCGCGUCACGGCGUUGGCUGAGUACACUGCCCGGACAUGCAUCAUUUCUGCAGGUGCUGACCGGACAGUGAAGAUGUGGCGUGUCUUCCCCUACGUGGAGGAGAGCUUGGUCCUGCUCCUCUGCUUCUCCUGCGCUGUCCCUGCGUGGCACCUCUGUUGCCUGCAUGAGACCUUGGCCGUGGCUUUCCAAGACCCACAGACGGUCACCUACAGCAUUGUCCACUACAAUCCGAUGGAGCAGACGUGCUCCGAGCACGGGCCAGAAGACGACCCUCUGGAUGACAUCACAGGCCUCUGCUGCUGCCCCAACCUGAAGCUCUUUGCCUCCUCCAGCCGGGAUGGCUCUGUGAAGAUCUGGAACAGCCACAACAAGCUGCUGCGGCACCUGAAGCUGAACACCAUCCCCGAGAGCCUGGCUUUUGCCAACCCUCAGGGUGAUCUGCUAGUUGGCAUCGAGCGACACCUCUACUUGAUCAGCCACAAGAAAUACCUGCCCAGCUAUUACAACAUGACGCUACUGUGUGCCCAGUUCCUGGAGCCCAUUCAGGACACCUCCGUCCCCAUCACUGAGUCAUCCUUCAAAAUCCUCGUCCAGGACAACGUCAAGUGGCUGAAGCAGGAGCCCCCUGCAGAGGAAGCUAGGUCACACAGCAUUUUCAGGAUGCCCACGCAAGAGUCAAAGGUGAUAAGGGGCAGCGAAGUGGAGGCCAAGGCAUCCCUAGUGCUGGACCUGAGGGAUCACGACCUGCAGCAGCUCCGGACGGGGAAAGCCCGAGCAGCCAAGAAGGUGCGCUUCACCAAGGCCAUGCGAGACGAGGCCUUUGAGCAGUUCCUGCAGAUAUUCUACAAGCAGCAGCCCCAAGUGAAGAUCCCUGAGGAAGACGUCUUCAAUGCCGACGAAGUGCUGGAGGCCCUCAGCCGGUGCGGGUCCAUCUCGGAGCUGUAUGGCCCCAGCCUCUCCAACAUGUUCCUGGGCGCCUUCCCUCAGCUGGCCUCUCUGGAAGCCCCAGGGACCAGCUCAAGGGGCAGAGGGGACAAUGCCAGUGCCGCCAUCUCCCCGGGAGAAGAGGAAGCCCCUGCCACCCAAGAGACCCAUCUCGGACGCCACUCCAGACGCCUUGGCACAGACGCCUUGGCAUUUCCUGAGGAUGAAGCCCGCAAAUGGCCAGGCAGCACGAGAGCUCCGUUUUUGGGAGGGCGCUUCUUCGAGACCGUAUUUGGGAAGGCCAAGACCCCCAGGGAGAAGCUCGAGUCAGAAUUAAGCCUCAUCUCCGAAGAGGACCUGCGGGCCCCCAAGUCGGCCUCUUGGGUGGGCUCGCUGGCCGGCAGUACCGUUUUGCACACUGUGGAUGCUGACAGGAGUGAGAAGAGUCUCAGCAGUGGGGAGGCUUUGAUGCCCAUGAGGAGCCGUGAGUCUGUCAAGCUGAGCCAGUCCUCCUUGCGCUCCAGGAGCCAAACGCUGUCCAGGACCACCCAGGAGGGCAGAAGGGACAGCCUCCAGACACAGAUGGAGCCAGAGGGCUCACAGCUGCUGACCCGGGCCUCUUCCGGUGGGUUCACCCCUAACUCGGUGGCCACACAGCUGCUGCACAUCCGGGAAUCCUCCUCUUCCCCCAAUGUGGAGAGUUUGGUGAGGCUGAUCCGAGAGCGGGAGGAGCGCGAGAGUCUCUCAAGCGCCAGCUCAGUCAAGAGGGCCGCUCAGGAUCAACAGCCAGGGACACAACCGUUGAGGGUGAAAUCACGCAGCCGUUCCCGGACCAGCACCAAGGAGAGCUCCUCCAGGGUUUUCCUGACGCAGCUGGAUGAAUCCCACUACCCAGACCAUGUGGCAACGCCUGAGGAAGAGAUUUCAGCCUUUCAUAUACGCUUCAAGGAUUCUGGCUGGUUCCAGCAGCUUUUCCCCGAGGACAUCCCCCCUGCAAUGGACGUGUUCGAGUUGUUGGCCAUGCUGCUGGCGGCCCUGCCUACAGCUGACUUCGACACCAAGACCCAGCUGCUGGAGGCCCUCCUGAGCCUGCGUGGGGCCUGGGGGCCUGGGGUGAGCAGCCUGCUCCACAGCACCCUCAUCGGCCUCCUCAACGUGAGGAAAGGAGCUCCCUCCAUGAAGGAAGAGAGCCAGCAGAGGUUCAUCCUGGCGGCGCUGCGUGCCCUCCUCGCCCUCGACAAGGACAGCACGGACCUGAUGGUGGAGCUGAUGGCCUGCUACCUGCAGGCUCCACCUGCCCCCAGGGUGGUCGUUGAGGGCCUGCUAGAAGAGAUGGGGGUGCAGGACCCACACGGGUGUUUCUACAAGGAGAUGGACUCCUGGCAGGUGAAGAAAGAGGGCCGCAAAGAGAAGCUGCGGAAGGUCUGCUCUCUCUGGCUGGAAGGAGCCAUGCAGCAGCUGCAGGAGCAGCGGGAGUUUCUGGCUAUGAAGGAGAAGCUUCGAGGGAAGCACUUCUGCCCCUACUCGCCCAAGCCCAAACUGACGUCUCUGCAGUCAGUGCAUCCUGUAGAUGCCGUCAAUCAUUUUGUUGCGCAGCGCUUGGUGGCUCGGCCGGAGAUGACCAGAGACACAGUCAUGGCCUUGCCCCCCGUCCAGAAGAGACAGGCCAUCUUGCGGCUGGGAGAGACCAACGCGAUGCUGAGGAACAGGAUCCCUGAGCAUGCAGACUUCUACUUCCCGUACAUCUUCCCACGUUACCUCUUGAAGGGGUUUGUGCCUUUUGUGAAGCUUCCUUUGCCAAAAAUCAACCUGAGCCCAUUCCCAUUGGAGUCUGAGAGGCCGCUUUCUCCGGAAACCUUCACUGCCAAGCAGCAGCCGGUGCAGAAGUAUUACAUUCCAAAGUUCUCAUACGCUGAGAGCUACCCUUGAUGGGAGGGCGCUCCUGCAGGGCUCCGGAGUGG